CAUAAUGUUAUGAGCCCCUGCCAAGUUGUUAGAAAGUGCAGCUGGAAUAAUUUGGCUGAGGUUUGAUGCUUGGGAUACAAGUUGAAGAGGUGGCUGGUUUCAUCAUUGGUAAUUCUGUAGAACAUAUGACCCAGGGGUUCUACCAAACUUCUACUACACAUGCUGUGCUGAUCUUGAUUUUCGAAAUGUGUGGAUUUAAACUCUUGGCUCAGUAUGACUUGGUUGUAGAAGAGAUGGAUUGAACAGUGUUUGGAUUUGCUUAGACAUCUUUAGAAUGGCAACCACUGACUCAAACUUUGAUCAAAGUUUCUUCUUACUUCUGACGUGAUUUUACAAAUACUGAUCUGUCUGGCAGGAUUUGUCACAACAAAGUUGCAUUGUGAAUUAUGAACUGGAAAUUGGAGAUGAUUGAAAGGACAAGAUUAUAUAUAGUUACUAAAUAGCAGAAUAUAGGUCAAACAAACAUGGACUUUGAAACUGUUUUACAGUAAUAAGUAGGUCAAACAAACAUGGACUGGUAAAGUUAUAGUAGAAAGUAGGUCAAACAAACAUGGACUGGUAAAGUAAUGAUAGAAAUUAGGUCAAACAAACAUGGAUGUGAAACAGAAUUUCUGUGGACUGAGAAGUAUGGCAGUAUUUCACAGCUGAGUCAAUAGGACAAUUGUGUAAUAAUCCAGAAUGUUUUGCUCCAGUUACCUGAGGAAUGUAACCGUUUAAGAUGUGUACACAGUAAUAUGGACCAUGAGCCACAGUCACAUAUCAUCCUUAGUUUGCCUAGUAUAUAUACAUGUAUUAUAUAUGUACUGUUCUUUACCGAAGUUCAUGAAUCUGUAUAUCAUCAUCACAGAGGUGUUGUAGAACUUGCAAAAUCUUACUUCCACAUUGUAAAUAGGAUUAUUAAUAUGUUUCAUUUUAAGGAUAUUUAUACAGUGUGUAAACAGCAAUGGAUAUAUUUAAUUACUUGAGUAAUUAUACAGUGCCAUUAGAGGUAAUUAACGUAUCACGUCACAAGGUAGGAUCAGACAGCACCUAAAAAGUCUGUUUUGUGAUUUCGUGUUCAAAAAUGUAUGGAUACAUACAGGAGAAACCAGUGAUACAAACCAAUGGAUUUAUCACUUUAUAACAGGAUGUCUGGGUUUGACUUAUGAAUGGUAAAGCCAUCAAGUCAUGUUUGGUCUGGGGAGAUCUGUGGAAACAUGUUGACGUCACUUUACACAUCAGCGGUGUCUGUGUUAAAACAAGCUAUCUAUGAAAUCCUCAGUCAAACAAGUCCCUACCUUUAUACUAUUUGUAGAUUGGUGUGUGGGACACUGUAUCCAGCCUACGCCUCUUACAAGGCCAUCCGCACAAAAAAUGUUAAGGAAUAUGUAAAAUGGAUGAUGUACUGGAUUGUAUUUGCCAUUUUCUUGUCAGUGGAGACAUUUUCCGAUGUGCUUCUAUCAUGGCUUCCAUUUUAUUACGAGAUAAAGAUGGUAUUUGUGAUUUGGAUGUUGUCUCCUAUUACCAAAGGGUCCAGUUAUCUUUACAAGAAGUUUGUACAUCCACAUUUGGUAAAGAGAGAAAAGGAAAUAGAUGAAUACAUAUCCCAGGCAACAAAGCAGGGCUACUCUACUUUAAUGAACCUGGGUCAAAGAGGCCUUACCUAUGCCACUAAUGUGGUGGUGAAAACAGCUAUAAAGGGGCAGUCUACCCUUGUAGAACAUGUACGUAAGAGUUAUAGCACCAACGAUCUAAGAGUUCCCGACGACUCUCAGAACGCUGCUGGAAAUCUGAUGGAUAGUGACGAGGAAUUCGAUAUACAAGAUGAGAACAUUAACGAGGAACGACUUUCUCAAGAUAACAGAGAGAUAGAGAGGAGGAAAGAGAAGAGAAAAUUACACAGAAGUACGAGUGAUGUCACAGAUAGCCGGUCUGUUAGACCACAGAAAGCUUCAGGUCUUUCGAAGUUAGAGGAAGAGGAGGAAGAAGAACAGAUCUCAUAUACAGAAGAAGUCUAUUAUACAGAAAGCUACUAUAGUCCAAAGGAUCACAAGAAUGAUCCAUAUGGAACGCUACCUCGCACUCGAGCUAGAACAAGAGCAAAGCUUCAUCAGUGAUUACAACGCUUCCAGAAAACACUGUACUGAAACUAUCAGGGACAACUGUCCCUACAGAACAGUAACCCGAAAUAGCUGUAAACAGCAACAAUAAUAACAUAUUAUUUAUAUCUCUGUCGAUGAUGUUUCAUCAAUAGCUUUAACUACAUUACAUUUGAUAUGAGUGUAUGAAUAUAAUGCAAUUUCUCACAUAAAAAUUAUAUUGAAAUUCAAACCACAAAUAAAAGAAUGGCAUUUUUAUCCUCAUACAUAAAGAAACAGAUAGAAGAACUUUUUGCCGUCUGCCUGAAACUUUAUAUAUAUAUUUUAAGGGUACAUUAUGUGAAGACCAAGCAAAAUAUAAUGAUGGCUGCAGUAAAACAUAGCAACAUUGUGAUAUGAUGUGAUAUAGAAUGAAUUAAAAAAAAAAGAAGUACAUGUAAACAUGGCCCUGAUACAAACAUUUUUCUGAUGUCAAUACCAAGUACUGAAAAUGAUGUCAUAUAUAGGGAUUGUGCUUCUGUCAUGCCUAUGGUUAGACCACUCCACAGCAUAUCACCCGUCAGCCAUUCAUACCUAUGUACUGCUCAAUGUUAUAGAGGAAUUCCAAGCAAAGCCUCAGGAUCAUAGACUUCAGUCCAAACUCCAAAAAAUUGAAAAUUUAAAUGUUUUUAAUGCUCAAGUCCAGAGUCACAAUCUACAUGAAAGUUAAAUCACUUUCUUAUGGAAAAAGAACACAAAAUUUUAACAUGUUUAGAUUCAGACUGAAGUCUUAAUGUAUUAAUGCUCAAAAGCUAAUACACUGGUAACAGGAUUUGUGUAUAAAGGCCUUGCAUUAAGGUUGCCAAGGUGAUGGAGCAUAUUUUGUACUGGACCAGGAUGACUGUUGUGUUGUUGACGUGGUAAUAUAAUUACUGUUGAUGGAAGUUUUUGUGAGGUUCUGUUUUUGUGGUAUUUUUCGUAACUGUCAAUUUUGCAUGAAAACUAACCUUAACAAAAAUGAAUUGUUAUUUCGUACUGCUCCAGAUCUAAGCUUUUUUUUCACUGAUUAUAUGUUAAAAUUCAGCUUGACUGAAUGUUUGUGAUCUAAGACACUUUUACAUUUACAGUUUGUAAAAGCAUAAUAUCAUGUAAACACAUUACCAAAAAGAUUGUAUAUAUCAUCAUUUUCUAACACAAAUAUCUAAAUAUCUCACAAUUUCUUUAAAGAUGUGAUUUUUAAGAGAGCAAGUGAUGUUUAUGAAGUGUUUUUGCAGGGUGCUCCUAAACAAAGUGGAAGAAAGAAACAUCAAAAUUUCCUUAAGACACAGGAAGCAAAAACCUGAAUGACCAAUUACAACACUAAUGUUAACCUGGAUUUAUGAUGGGAUAUAUCUACCACUGUAUACUGAUCAUCUUAUAAAUUGAAUAUUACACCUGAGGAGCUGUCAUUUCUCAAAUAUACCUGUAAUUGCUGAUCAGACUGAUGGUUUGUUGGUAUAGAGCAGUUCUCAGUUUUGUUUUAUGCAUUCCUAUAAGGGUAUGAAUGUGACAAAAUAUGGUGUGGAUACCGUAAACAAAUUUAUGGUGACUGUAAUCAGUUUUCUAUACUUCAUGUGGUUGUAGUAGACUAAAAGAAAAGGAAAUUGUAUCAAUUUUGAUUUCGCUAUAAACAGGUAUCUUUUCUGUAUUAAUAUGAUACAGGUAAGGACUUAUUAAAAUUGAUUUGUUUACAUUUUAAACCAGAAGAACAUGACAAUAUAGAGGACUCAGUGUAAUUUUAAUAUUGUAGGUAAAAGGUUCUUAUUUACACGAGAGAAACAUUUUAAUAGUUAUACUUUCCACAUGUAAUGCAAGACAAUAGGAUGUAAUUAUCUCCCUUUGUUCCUCAAAAAGUUUGGUAGAUGAUAGAUAGUAUGUGGAAGUCCUUUGUGAAUAUGAGAGUUUAUGUAUUUUCUAUGUGUAUGAAUGUUUCAAAUUUGGUUCAUAGGAGUUAAUAAUGGUUGAUCUCUCUUUUUUUUCUUUUCCUUUUUCUUCAUUUUUUGGUUUUUAAAUUUGACAAUAUAUUACCUGACAAAACAUGUUACCUAAACAUUUUUUCUAUACUACUUUUUUUAAAACUAUUUUGCUGGUUCAUCAUAGUAUGUUGAUAAUUUCUUCAAUAUUUUCACAAAUUUAGUAUCAAAUACACUACAGAUGACAUAGAUUUAAUGUUUUGAGGAUGGAAAACCCAUUGAAACCUUUUUUCCCGUUUUCACUUGCCUAAUAUGUUAUAAGAUGACUUCAAAUGUAGCAAACAAUGCAGUAUUUAUAAAAAUAUAUAUAUAAUGAGAUUUUUACCUACUUUGCUGAUCAUUUUUGUACAGUAUAGUGUAUAGAAUGAUAUUGAAAUGAGUUUGUUAAUCAUCUGUUGAUUUUCCUCUGUAAAUGAUUUCAUUCUUCUAAUAACAUAUCUCUAUGGAAUCUAUUUUCUGCAUAUAGAUAUUUGUAAAUCUGAUUUGGUUGUUAACAUUUUAUAUUUUGCCUUAUAUGCUUACUAAUGAGCUGGAUAUUUUUAAAAAAAAACCAAAUUGUUUGUGAUGCAUAAGUAUAAUUUUAAUCCUCCUCAUUUAUUCUGGCACCUUGUACAGUCUAGAAAUAAGUUGGUGAUCUAUAAGUGAGAGUGUAGGUAGGUGCUAUUGUUGUAAGGUACAUUUUAAAUUAUUAUUUCUGUAUUGUUGUGGGUCCAUUAACGAUGUGAUCACAUGAGUCUUCUUCCCAACACAGGAUAUUAAAUACCAUAAAUGUGUGUUUUUUCAACAUAAACAGUCUCAUUAGCAUCCUAGUCAUUGAAAUUAUCUUUAUUAAAUAUAAUACCAAAAUUGAAAGUUAAUACUGUAUUUUUAAAUGUAAAAGAUACUAAACUUUAUACACAUGCCAUAGAAGUUUAAUUCUGUAGGUUUAGUUUAAACCAGUGAUGAAAAAAGAAGGCAUCAUAUUUUCCAAGUUAAAUUACUAAACAUGUACAUGUAUAUGAUACCAUCAUUAGUAUUUAAUUGGACUAAGUAAGUACCAACAAUUCAUGACCAUACUGACCAUGUUUAGUCCUCACUUCUUUUUUUUUUGCUAUGUGUUUUUGAUUAUUUGCUCAAUAUAAUCUUGUAUUUUAUUUUGCACAUUUGUUUUUUGACAAUAAUCUUUAUAUAAACAAACACCUUCUAUAAUCACUUAAACACAUGGGAAGGGAGCAUUUUUCUGGUAUUCUCUCUAUGAUAGGCUUAUUCUGUUAUAUUAUACAUAGAUUAAGGAAAUAAUUCAGGAAAUGUACGUAUUACAUAAUUUAAAGAGGAGGCUUCCAUUACAUUUAGCAUGCAUUUUUUUAAUGUUCUUUUUUGUUUUUGUGUUUUUGUUUUUUUUUUCCUUUUUGAUUUCAAUGAUUUUCCCCAUAUGACACGUGUUUAAGGUUUUAGUUUCCCUAUCACAAAACACAUUCCAGCAGCUUGAACGACUCUAUAUCUGUCCUUAUACAAUCAUGCAUUGUUCUCACCACAUUUGCUUCUAUAACUGACUGAAUCUCAGGACAUGUUUAUCACUCUUAAUUUUGUUGACAUUCACUGUUAGAAAUGGAAAUUUAAAUUUAGUGUGCUGUGUACAGAUGUGAUCAUUGAAAUUAGCAAUUUCUAAUGUUUUCCUUAAUGAAUUGUUGUUCUUAUUUUGAAUACCUAUCUUGUACGUUAUACUUUAAAACCUUAAACAUCAUCAUAAUGUCUUUAUUUCAAAUAACAUAAUUUUGCUAUAAACUUUUUAAAAAAUCUCUAAAACUGGUACAUCAGGAGAGAUACUUUUUGGUUUAGUUUAUGUUGACUAAAAGUCACUUGUGUUCGGAAGUGUGAGAUAAUCAAAAGAUUUUAUUUAAUGAUGUUGGAAACAAGACCUUCAUUUCGCUGAGACUGUCUCUAUUAUCUCCACAUGAUUGAGGCUGUUCUGAAAAAACAAGUUAAGGGAUACAUUUUAUCUUCUGUCCUUUGUUUUCUCUGAAAGUAAUUUUAUAGUGACUCUGGCGUGGAUAUACAAGUAUUAUGAAAGUCAGCAUGAACUAGUCUAGAGAAGUGAACGCUAAAUGUAUGUUGUAAUAUAUAGCAUUAACAAAGCUCCAAUACAGCCAUAUUCUCAACAGUGUUUUUCUUUUUCUUCGUAGUAUGUUUUCAAAAGAGAAAACGAUGUUAUAAAAGAUAAAUAUUGUUGGUGAAGCAUGUGUUGCCUAUAUAUACUGAGAUUGUUUAUUUUUUGUAAGGGAUGUUGCAUAAUGAAGUAAAAGUGUGGUCUUUCAUUGCCAUUGUUAUUUGCCAAUGCUGUGUCUUCCAUCUUGUGUAUGAAGUUAAGGCCGUUGUGCUAGUAUAGGGUAGUUUUGUACAGGUCUGGCAAUAAGGUGUAAACUUAAAUCUUUGUCAAAGGAGUUGCUUCCCUUCAAAUAUAUUCAAGAAAAAUUGUGAAAAAAAAACACUUUUUUCUGAUUUUAUGAGUAAUGAUAGCAAAUAUAGUGAUGACCUUUGACAUUUUAAAACAUUGUUACUGACUUUGAUCAGGAUUAUUAUUAAUUGUUCAAGUUUUAUAAGAUUUAAUUGAAAUACUAUAAGUAUACUUAUCAAAGUUGUACUGAUUUGCUUUAGUAUGUAUGCACAGGGAAACAUCUGUCUUAUUCCGUUAAAUAGGGAGAUGUAACAUUAUCCCGUUUCUGGUACAUGGUUGUAAAUCUUACUGUGCUGACAUAAAUAUGCUUAUUGUAUCUUGUUCAUAUUGGAUAAGUAGUUACCCAGUGUUUAUAUACCUGUAAUACAUGAAAUGGAAGCACUGUUGUAUUAGAAUCAGUUGUUUUCAUUUCACUGUAAAUUGUUGUAAGCUUACAGAGGACCAGAGUAUAGUGAUAUGGGGAUCAGUGUAAACAUAACUUUGGUGUAUUUUGGAUCCUCACAGGGUAGUUUCUGGUAUAGCAUAUCAGAAACCAGCAUAUCACAAGUCUAGAGAUGGGAAUGGAAAGAAAAAUGUGAACUGAAGUCACAAUUUUUUUGAACAGGUUGUGUGUUUUGGUUUUUAAUAUUCAACUCUUGAUCAUUUAGCUUUAAAGGUAGAAGAUCAUUAGAACAAAGACAUAUCAGCAUUUCUUAUAAAAACAUUUCUUCGUGUCAACUUCUGAUACAGAAAAACCAUAGCAUUCCCCUCCCCCAACUCAAAAUCAUUGUCUUUGCAAAAUUUGAAGCCUGUCAAGUUGCAAUAAUUUUUGUUGGUUUCCACCCCCCUUUAAAUCAACUUCUUUUGUAUCACAUUUAACAAUUUUUCUAUAUUCCUUGCUGUGAUAAAACCUUUUCACACAGAAGAUAACCCCAUGGACUAGUGUUGUGACCUGCAGUUGACCCUUGACCUUUGUGAUAUGUACAUAUUGAAGGACUUGUAUGAUCAAGUGCCUGUUUUUAUAAUGCAAUGUUUCAGAAGUCUAGUUAUAAGUGUCAGGAGAUCUCAAGAGACCUGGGAGCACCCCCAGUUUAAAUACUGCAUGCAGAUAUUUCUGAUGAAGCCAGGAUUGUAUCAUGUACCCACAUCAAGAACAGUGAACAUCUAGCUUAAUUACUUACCAAUAUACUUAAUCAUAAUGCAUCAAGCUUAUUACUCUCAUCUCCUAAGAAAAAGAAUAAAAAUAUUAAAGAAAUAACUAUUACAUGUCUACAUUGGAUUGAUGUGUUAAAUUUGCCUGGCACAUUCAUUUUUUAUUAUUUCUUGGUAUUGGGUUGAACAGGAGUGACACACUAAGCAUACAUUGUAAUCAGCACCAUGCUUUUAAGCUAUAUAACUCUGUUGAAUAUAAUUGUACGGGUGCUUGAGGGAUUCAUUUUCUAUAAAUAUUAGUGAAAUAAAUGCAACAAUCUUGUUUUAAAA